CCUAUCUUUGUGAAGAAUGGCGAAGCCAGUGUUCCUUUUCAUCAUUUUACUCUCCAUCGUUUGCACUCUCCACUACCUACGAACGGAUCCCCCAUGGUCACGCAAUGCAUAUGUUUUCUAUGUCACGCAAGAUACUUACGCCUGCUCGGCUUUGAUCAAUGUGUUCAUUCUACGCCAUUUAUUCUACACCAAAUACCGCAUCAUCAUCUUGGUCUCCGACGAAGUUUCCACCGUCUAUUAUGAGGCAUUCGCCAACUUAGGAGCUAGCGUUAUCGAGAAAGAUCCGCCUCCCCUCCAUUCACAAAGUGUCGCAUACUAUCACGGAUGCCUCCUCAAGCUGGUCGCGUUCAGCUUGAUUGACUUAAAACCUCCGCUAGAGCGUAUCAUCACUAUGGACGCGGACCAGCUCAUAUUGAGGGACCUGGAUCACGCUUUCGACUUGCCUCUAACGAGUGUCUCAGCUCCAAAGGCCUACUGGAUCGACAAUCACACAUAUAGCAGCACCUUGAUGGCAUUUAAGCCCAGUCAAAGGCUAUGGGACAAAGUCAGUGGAGCGAUGCUAUCGGUGCCGGCCGAUACGUACGAUAUGGAUAUUAUGAACAGACUCUUUCAUGAUACCUUUGAGGAGCUUCCUGGAACAUAUGGUACCCUAAAUAGCCAUUGGGAGGAUAACAAUACCCCUACCUGGUUUACCUCCCCAGAAGACCAAAGGAUAAAGCCAACUCUAGAUGAAGAUUUGCGUGAGCUUUUCACAAGGGUUCAUGUACUUCACUUCACAGCAGUUGGGAAGCCCUGGAUGUAUGAUGUGGAAGAAUUGUGGGCAAGAAGACCAGAGGCACAUCCAAUAUUGAUCGAGCAGUGGGCUUUUUGGAGGACUUCUGCCCUACAGCUUUGCCCUUCCGAUAUCAUAGAUCAUGUGUAAUCAUGUCUAUAUAAGUCGGAGCUGGUCGACUUUUGCUA